GUCGCCGCCCCCAGGACACGGGGAUCUCAGGACCCCUUCCUCCCCUGCACCCCUCUGCUCCCCGCUCUCCCGAGGGCGCCCCGUGAGCACAGCGGUCUCCCUGCCGCAGGUGGUGUCCGACUUCGACCUGACCCUGAGCAGAUUCGCCCAUGGCGGGAGGCGCUGUCCCUCCUCCUACAGUGAGUCGCGCGCUCCCCUGCGCGGGCAUCACGGGGGAGGGCGCCCAAGGGGCAAGUAAAAGCAGUUUUGUUUUCCCAGAUAUUCUGGAUAACAGCAAGGUCGUCAGCGAGGAGUGUCGCAGAGAGCUCACUGCUCUCUUUGACCACUAUUACCCCAUCGAGACGGACCCACAGUGCCCCAUGGAGGAGAAGCUGCCGCACAUGGUGGAGUGGUGGAGCAGGGCCCACGAUCUGCUGUGUGGACAGAGGAUCCAGCGGCUGCAGAUCGCCGAGGUGGUCCGGGAGUCGGGCGCAAUGCUCAGGGAGGGCUACGGGGCCUUCUUUGACACCCUGCACUGCCAUGGCAUCCCGCUGUUCAUCUUCUCUGCGGGCAUCGGCGACAUCCUGGAGGAGGUGAUCCGGCAGAGGGGCGCGCUGCACCCCAACACCCACAUUGUGUCCAACUACAUGGACUUCGGAGAUGACGGGCUCCUGCAGGGGUUCAAGGCCCCUCUCAUUCACAUCUUCAACAAGAACAGCUCUGCUGCCGCCAGUUACUUCCAGCAGCUCCAGGGGAGAACCAACGUCCUUCUCCUCGGGGACUCCCUGGGGGACCUCAGCAUGGCGGACGGGGUUCCCGGGGUGCAGAAUGUCCUCAAGAUUGGCUUCCUCAACGACAAGGUGGAGGAGCAGCGGGAGUGCUACCUGGACUCCUUCGACAUUGUGCUGGAGAGGGAUGAGACGCUGGGUGUGGUCAACGGGCUGCUGCAGCACAUCCUGUGUUCGGGGGCCUGCGGGAGCGCACAGGGCUCCUGAGGGCAUGCACAGCCGUCCCCAGACACAGGGACCCACUACCUCCUCCCCACGCCUCUGUCCUCAUGACCCGGACCCCCGUGCGUUGACAUCCUGUGGUCACCCUGUCCGUGGCUCUUAGAAUUUUUUUAAACUUGGAAAGCUGUAUUUUAGACAAAUAGAAUGGGUAAAGCGGGUGCAAAUUAAAAAAUGAAAAGACA